AUGAGACAGCAGAGUAAUUCAUUCCAUAACACCAAGACAUACCUUGACAACAUAGAAUUCACAGAUAAUCAAGUGAAUAAUAGGAUAUUACUUAAAAAAGUACUUCCCAGCCUGAUAAACCUGGACACUUCUAUUUCUAUUAUGCUUAGUACUCUUUCGCCAGAAGAGUAUAGGGAAUAUGAGAAAUACGUUAAUAUUGCAAUAGAUAGUAAUAUAUCACGACUAAGUAGUAAUGGCAAUGCGAGUAUAGAAAUACCUAAAUCUAACGGAAGUUUACUUUCUGACUCAUUUUGUAGUAAGAUAUAUGCGUACCAUGGUGGUUUAUUAAGGAUAAUGAAUUAUAUGAAGACAGAAAUAAUUGAGGAGAAUGAUAGCUUGUUUGAUUUAGUAAUGGAGAUAUUUGAAGAUAUGAUCCUUGGGCUAUACAGCACGUAUUGUAUACAUUAUGUUAUAUACGGUCUUAUAAUGCGCACAGACAGUAGGCUAAGCGGUUAUAUUUCCUUUUUAGCUAAUAUUGUGCACGGCAAUGACCAGAGACGAAUUGUUGCUUCGCUCUGUCUUGGGUCUUUAUUAAAGAGGCUACGGCACUUAUCCGAUGAGGCCAGAGAAAUAGUGGAUGAGUAUAUUUUCGACUGUAAAAAUAGAAUUAUCAGUAUGAAUGAUGGAUUUAGUGACGUGCUACUAUCACAAUUAUGGAGUAUUAGUGAAAAUCCAGUACUAGCUAUAGACACAGCAACAAUUCCCGUGGAAAAAGAAAAAAUACCAGUAAAAGUAAAAACACACCUACAGGGCAUUGCAUGUACAAGAAUAGAAGUGUAUGAAGCCAUACUAGAAGAUGAACAGAAUAUAUAGGUUGGUUAGUAUAGGAUUAGAAGAAGCACAAGAAAAAGAAAGAAAUACAGAUGGGAAGGCCUGAAAUUUAAUAAAUAG